AUAGAGAGAGCGGAGCACAGCAGUCGAAGCAGAGCGGCGUUCGGUUCCCAUUCCUCAGAUAUUCUUAAUACACUGCAGAGAAAAAACAGGAAGCAGCAAUGGCCAGCAAUACAGUGGCAAUGCCAGCCCCUGUGUGUCUGAUAGAGAACAGCUCCACUGGACAGCUUCAUGUGAACCAGCAGGCGCUGGAGAUCCUGUCCCAGAUUGACCAGCCGGUGGUGGUGGUGGCUAUCGUGGGCUUGUAUCACACAGGCAAAUCCUACCUCAUGAACAAGCUGGCUGGGAAGAGAUCGGGAUUCUCCCUGGGGGCGACCAUACAGUCCCACACUAAAGGCAUCUGGAUGUGGUGUGUCCCUCACCCGUGUAAACCCGGCCACACCCUCGUGCUGCUCGAUACGGAGGGGCUGGGAGAUGUGGAGAGGGGAGACCAGAAGAAUGAUAACUGGAUCUUCACGCUGGCUGUGCUGCUCAGCAGCACCUUGGUGUACAACAGCAUGGGCACCAUCACCGACAACUCAGUGCAGAACCUGCACUAUGUGACUGAGCUGACAGAACAUCUGGAAGUUAAGGCAGGAGAUGGGAAUCUGGAUAUCUCUUCAGAAUUCGCUUGUUUCUUCCCCUCCUUCGUCUGGACGGUGCGAGAUUUCUCUCUGGACCUGAUUAUGGAUGGGAAGCCUAUCACAGCCGAUGAAUACCUGAAUAAUUCUUUAAAGCUGAAAAAAGGUUCAUCCAAGUCCACCCAGACCUAUAACUUGCCACGCGAGUGCAUCCGAAAUUACUUCCCCAGCAGGAAGUGCUUUGUGUUCAGGCGUCCCACCUCCGAAGACAAGAUGAGGAGAAUUGAAGAGCUCGCUGACAGCGACCUGGAACCAGUAUUUGUAGAACAGACCAAGAACUUCUGUGCCCACAUCUUCAACAAUACUGAAACCAAAACAAUGAAAGGAGGAUUUACAGUCACUGGCAGAUUGCUGGGGAGACUGGUAGAGACGUAUUUGGAGACCAUUGUCAGUGGGAAGGUCCCUAGUCUGGAUAAUGCUGUUCUGGCCCUGUCUCAGAUUGAGAACUCGGCCGCAGUGCAGAGUGCCCUCACUCACUACAAGGAGCAGAUGAAGGAGAGAGUCUCCUUUCCUAGUCACACCCAGAAGGAGCUUUCUGAUGUGCAUGGCCAGUGUGAGGCUGCAGCUGUACACAUCUUUCUGGAGCGCUGCUUCAAGGAUGAGGAUCAGCGAUACCUGUUAGAGCUCAUGAGGCUCCUGCACGAGGAAUUGGAAUCAAUCCGUUCAGGAAAGAGGUUCCAGAGUCUGAAGGAUUGUGAAUCAGCGAGCCAUUCCAGAGUGCAGCACAGGAGUGGACAGUGGACAGAAACAGCUAUAGGUAACAAUACAGUGGCAAUGCCAGCCCCUGUGUGUCUGAUAGAGAACAGCUCCACUGGACAGCUUCACGUGAACCAGCAGGCGCUGGAGAUCCUGUCCCAGAUUGACCAGCCGGUGGUGGUGGUCGCUAUCGUGGGCUUGUAUCGCACAGGCAAAUCCUACCUCAUGAACAAGCUGGCUGGGAAGAGAUCGGGAUUCUCCCUGGGGGCGACCAUACAGUCCCACACUAAAGGCAUCUGGAUGUGGUGUGUCCCUCACCCGUGUAAACCCGGCCACACCCUCGUGCUGCUCGAUACGGAGGGGCUGGGAGAUGUGGAGAAGCGAGACCAGAAGAAUGAUAACUGGAUCUUCACACUGGCUGUGCUGCUCAGCAGCACCUUGGUUUACAACAGCAUGGGCACCAUCACCGACAACUCAGUGCAGAACCUGCACUAUGUGACUGAGCUGACAGAACAUCUGGAAGUUAAGGCAGGAGAUGGGAAUCUGGAUAUCUCUUCAGAAUUCGCUCGUUUCUUCCCCUCCUUCGUCUGGACGGUGCGAGAUUUCUCUCUGGACCUGAUUAUGGAUGGGAAGCCUAUCACAGCCGAUGAAUACCUGAAUAAUUCCUUAAAGCUAAAAAAAGGUUCAUCCAAGUCCACCCAGACCUAUAACUUGCCACGCGAGUGCAUCCGAAAUUACUUCCCCAGCAGGAAGUGCUUUGUGUUCAGGCGUCCCACCUCCGAAGACAAGAUGAGGAGAAUUGAAGAGCUCUCUGACAGCGACCUGGAACCAGUAUUUGUAGAACAGACCAAGAACUUCUGUGCCCACAUCUUCAACAAUACUGAAACCAAAACAAUGAAAGGAGGAUUCACAGUCACUGGCAGAUUGCUGGGGAGACUGGUAGAGACGUAUUUGGACACCAUUGCCAGUGGGAAGGUCCCUAGUCUGGAUAAUGCUGUUCUGGCCCUGUCUCAGAUUGAGAACUCGGCCGCAGUGCACAGUGCCCUCACUCACUACAAGGAGCAGAUGAAGGAGAGAGUCUCCUUUCCUAGUCACACCCAGAAGGAGCUUUCUGAUGUGCAUGGCCAGUGUGAGGCUGCAGCUGUACACAUCUUUCUGGAGCGCUGCUUCAAGGAUGAGAAUCAGAGAUACCAGCUGGAGCUCAUGAAAUGUUUGCAGGAGGAGUAUGAAUCAAUCUGUCGUAAGAAUGAGAAGGAAUCAGAGAAGUCUUGCAAGGCACUCAUUGCAAGUCUCUUCAGGAAUGUAGAGGACAGACUGAGCUCAGGUUUCUACAUGGACAUAGGAGGGUACAAGCAGUACAAGAGUGACCAGGAACACUUCAUCAGGCAAUACAAAGACACACCUGGCAAAGGGAUUCAGGCUGAUGCCAUUCUGAAGGAAUUUCUGAAUGGAAAAGAGACAAUGGGUAACAUGAUUCUUGCUGCUGAUGAGUCUCUCAGCGAGCAACAAAAACGUAUAGAAGAGGACCAAGCUAGGCGUGAUGCUAUGGAGCGGGACAGACGGGCAAUACAGGAAAAUCAAAAGGUUCUGCAGCAGCUGCUGGACGACCAGGAGAGAUCCUACAAGCAGAACAUGGAGCAGCUUCUGAAAAAGUUGAAGGAAGACCAAAAGACUGCCGCAGAGGAGUAUGAUAGAGUGCUGCAGGCUAAACUCAGGGAACAGAAGGAUCUUCUAGAGAGCGGUUUUGAGGAGAAGGCAAAGAAACUUGAGAAUGACGUGAGAAGCCUGAGUCAGAAGAAGGAGGAGACACAAUCCCAGUCCACUUUAAGCAAAGUCAUGGAAACAGUUGGCAACGCGGCGUCCUUGUUUUUACCAGGAAUAGCUGGAAGAGCACUCGGAGUUGCCACUUCCUUCCUUUCACGCUUCUUUUGAUGAAAUGGGCUUGAUCUCCUUCAUAUAUAUGUUUAUGUUCCUGUGUGAUUGUUACUUAUUCAACAUACUCACAGUAUUUCACAUUCUAAGCGCUAAGAAAUAGUUUGAAGAAAUGAUUACGGUAUUAUUUACAUGUUUUAGGUAGACUGCUUGCUAGUCUGACUACUCUUAACUGAAUAUGUGACUGUAUCUUGUAGAUUUUGUAUAAUGAUGUGGAUUUUACAAUACAGGUCCAUCGUUUUCUGCAGCUUUCCUGACACAAGCCGAGCACACAUUUCACUGUGCAGCACCAAACAGCCAACGUGGUGGCCUUAGAUGUAAAAUAAAUUCCAUUAUCUAUUCAAAUUCUAUUAUUCCAACAACUUUUGUCUAUUUUCUUACAACAGAACCUUGUAUAAGUACAAAACUAACAUUCUCUGGUCAGACUCCUCAUGGAACUUUCUUCCCAGAGCUUCAUGGAGAUAGGGGGAACGAUCAGGGAAUAUCCUGGAAAAAAACUAAACCGAAUGAUCCAUGUACAGUAUGCAUGUUUCUACCAGUCAGGUGACACACAGAACAUGAACAGUGGGUCUUUACUGCCA